GGGGGUUACCGUCUCCGAGUCCGCUUGGAGCGAAAAACGAGUUCGUCGACGGUGAUCACGAUGGAUAGUAACGACGAGUCACAGGCCCCGGCAGCACAAGAAGCCACAAGCAACGAUGCGGACCACAUCAGAUUCUCCCCAGAUGUUGAGGCAGCUGACGACGCAAAGGACAACGAGCAUUCUGAAGCACCUGCCCUCAAGGCGGAUGCGAGACGGGUAACCGUCAAGAUCACCGAGCCGGAGGAGAGACAGAAAAGAGAUGACAACAUCAAGAGCCCGGGGGGAGAGGUGAGAAGACACGCCAUCGUGCGGCAUGCGUCAGACCCCAAUACCUUCGUGGUGUCCCAUCCACGCCUGGCGAACAUCAUCUCUCACGCUACAGACAGUCCGACAGCUCAGUUCGAGGCCUGGGUGCUUCAUUUCUUCCUGCCCACGAACUGGGUGGCGACGACGUGCAACGUGGCGUUGUUCCAUCUGUUGACAUUCGGGUUUAUUUUUCUGGUCAUGAACAUCCCUCUGGGCCACACUGACGGCCAUGGCAUCGAGGAGCACUGGGGAUUCAUCAUCUACAGCAUGAUCUGGUGCGUCAGCGCCUGCCUGCAUGGAAUUGGAUGGGGUGUCAAUUUUGUCUGUCUGCCUGUCUGUCUGUCUGUCUGUCUGUGGGCAGGGCGUAUUUCGCCGGAGCCUUUCCCCUGCAAUUUCUCCCGGUUGGCCGAGGAAACACAGCCACCAGCAUCAUGCAUACUCGUGUUGUGCCUUUCUCAGCGCGCGCUUGGCUUUCGCAUCUUCGAGCCAAUGUGGUUUUUGCUGAUGCCCAUUCUGGUCGGCAUCGCCAUGACUGUGGCCGUGUGGGUCAACCAAGGCCCGUUCCCUUACUCGCCGUCGGUGAUUGGUACGAAUUGAUAUCGCAUGCUCAAAGCGGACACAGGAGGCGCAUGUAUUGCUCUCGGUAAAUGACUUGGCGCCUAUUCAGGUUUGCCGUGUUACGUGGUGACGUGUUUCAUUGUGGUGCUGAAUGUGCCGGUGUCGUGGCGCGAGCAGGACGAGGCGUACCGCGACCAAAUUGUCUAUGCUAUACUGUACCUUUCCCUCCCCCCAUGUACGUGAGACAUGCGCAAAGACCCGCCAUAUUGCGGAAAAGGCUUCGUGUUCUCCCCCGGUGUCCGUGUCUUAGGUCUGUGCAUAUUUCUCACGCUCCUGUGCUGGCUCUUUUUCACAUCUCCUGACUGGGCCAAGGUACCCAUGCAGAAGGAGAAAGCGCCAGGCGCACAUGAUCACAUUGCGUGUGCCUUCAGGUUCUUAUCGGGGCUAUGAUGCCGCUGGUCAGGAAGAACCUGAAGCCGCAUGAUCACAUUGCGUGUGCCUUCAGGUCAGCGACUUUUACCUCAUCGUGGGUCACAACUUCUUCCAUCAUCUGAACGGCUCAUGGAUGCCGCCAUUUCUUGCCGUACGUAGCGAAGAAAGAGUAGACAAAAACGUGCACAUGUUGUGUCUCUUGCCUUGCAGCUAAUCCCUUUCAUGUGCACACUGACUGAGGUACAGCAAGGUGUUCAUACAUACCGUCAGUACUUCAUCUGUGACCAUUUACCUGUGUGCAGUGCAUCAUCUUCCGCUCCCAUGUGGUCAUGUACGUGCUGCUGAUCAUCGUCUGCUCUUCCAUCCUCUUCGAGAUCCUCCUGCCCACACUGGAGAUGGACAAGAUGCUCUGGGCCUCGUUUCGGGUCAUUUUCUCCGAGCUGGAGCGAAUGCAGCUCAAGGGCAGAGGUUCCAAAGAGGACGAAUCGGCCAUCACCAAGCGCCUCAAACAAGACCUCAAAGAGGAGAAAAGAGCGUACAAGAAGCGAUUCAGCAACUUCAGUAUCAGCCGCAGACGCAGAGGUGCAUAACGCGCGGCGCGAUCCACCCUUACUGGGGUUGCUUGUUUUGUUUCGGUUCAGAAGGAGAGGAUGGCUUGCCGGAGACCACACCGACCUCUCCGUAUAGCCCCGCGCCCGGCCUGUUCAUCGACGGGCUGAUCCCCAGCCAGAAGGCGAUCUCCCCCGAGGUCGCCGCCCUGUCUCUCCACCUCUCCGACAAAACGCCAACACAAAUCAUGAGCAAUCCGGAGAGCCCUGUCAGCGCCAUGGCGGAGGCCCCGAGAUACUCUCAGACGGAGCCUGACCUCAAGGAUGUGAUGGGCAAAGUAGCUGACACGCUGCCCAAGAGGGCUGCAUGGCGAGCCUUUUUCAAGAAGAAGAAAAAGGAGGACGACGGCCCGAAACACAAGAAGAUGGACCGCGCCCAUGGAUUUCUGGGCAGAGGCUUCCUGCUGACGCCCGUGAGCCACCUGGACGAGAACGAGAUGGUGGAGGAGCUGAUGCAGGAUGCCAGUGACAGGUUCUCUGAGCGCUCCACGAACGUGGAGCGCCUCAACGUGCUGCAUCUAUCGGAGAGCCCCCAGCUCAAAUCAGCACUCAAGGUCAGAUCGCCAGUGGCGGAGAAAGAGAAAGAGACGAAGGCCGAGACCGCCGCACAGGAGCCGUCAGCUGCCAUGGCUCAGGCGGCUGCCGCCACCGAGAAGGAGAAGGCUAAAGAAGAGCUGCACCAAUCGACCAGGACGGUGGGUUCGACGGUCGGCCGCCGCGCCACGUAUGUCUCGUCCCACCGCCGGAGCAGCCGACAGGUGGCCGUGCCCUCCAACGCCCUCGACAUCAUCUCGGCCGCCAGCCUCAUCUCGCAGCGCAACGUCGAAAAGCAGACCCUCGAAGCGACAGAUUUUCUCGACUUGAACCUCCAGGAAGACGACAGCGAGAACGAAGAGCUCCUCGAGAGUGAGGCGGUGACGCCGGCGAAGGAGUUGCGGUUCGCUGCUGGGGCGAGUGAGCGGGCGCGGCGAGGCAGCCGGCUGAGUCUCAUGCUGGCCACCGCGGGGAGGUCGUUGCGCAACUCUGUCCGGAAUGCACCGGUGUUCGGCAAGCGCAAGAGAGUGGUGCAGGACGUGUACGAGGGAUUCAUCAGGUGAGCCCUCAUGUCUCUGUCUGUGCUGUGCUGUGCCGAAUCCACACACGCGUAUGGCUGUAUGUGCCCGUCGGUCAGGAUGAAGCGCAAGGCGGUCCGUCCGGAGGACGAGAUUCAGAACAGGACGAUCCUGCAGCUGUGUCUCGUGCCGGAGAUGAUCACGCACCUUGUCAACAUGCUCGCCACGUCAUUCCGGGUUUCUACAGCCAACGCGUAUUCGCAUUCUGUUGCACACGUGUGUCCGAUCAUCGAUCGGUUAGUGCGUGAAUCACAUGAUGAUGCUGAUCGCCAUGCGGUAUUCCGUCAACUACGACCACUUUGACACCAUCGUCGUCAGCGACUACAUCCUUCACAAGGCACGCAGAGAGAGAGACAGAGAGAGAGAGAGAGAGAGAGAGAGACGACAAGGCAUGUUCCUUGCUCUUGCUCUCCCGUCAGGAUUUGCUUACGAUAUCCUGCAAGUUCGUGCUGGUGACGUUGGCGUACUGGUCUUGCUGAUUGCCGGCAGGAGAUGGGGCAACAGACCCGUCCAGCUCAUUGCACGCGUCAGUGACGUGAUCUCAGACAGACAGACAGACAGACAGACGGACAGACAGACAGACACAAACGCGGAGACACGUGUGUCUGUGUUUGUUUCUGUGUCUGCCUACAGGACAAUUCGGGCCGUCUGCACAUCUACUUUCACAUGAUGGCCUUCUCGAUCAUUUUCAUGACCUUUUUGUUGAUUCCACAUAACCACGUGAGUGAACCAAUGCACCAAUCUGGCUCUGUCUGUCUGUCUAGGUCUGUCUGUGUGUGUGUGUGUGCGUGUGUGCUGUAGAUGGUGGUGCACCAGAUGGAGAUCGGUCUGUCCAAGGUUGCCAAGAAAGUCAAGAAGAGCUUCCUCUCCGGGCUGGUCAAAACUCAAGAAAACACCUACUAGAGCGUGUCACUUCGCUGCAUACACACACAUAUACAGGCAGCUGAAGGACAACUGAGGGAUGUGUGUCUUUAAAGGAAAAGGUCAAUUUUGCUUGAUUGGGGUCUGUGUGUGUUGGUUCUUUGCUUUAGCGCAUAAGACAUUGACGUAAGUGUGGGUGGUACGUAUGGGAACAAAGGGGAUCGGUUCAUCAUACACACCACCAGAAAGUCC